GCAUCAAAUACGGCAGAGGAUUCGGCCGCCCAGCUGCCCCGACAUCCCAGUCAAACAAAUGCCACAGCGCGGGAUAGUGAAUCCCUUGUUUCAUCAUGGAUUUGCGUCUUUGGGUCGUUUCUGCUAUUAAUUCCGUCAUCUGGGUUUCCACAAGCAAUCGGCACAUUCCAGGCCUACUCACAACAAAGUCAACUCUCUGGGUACGCUUCCCGUGACAUCGGCUGGAUCUCCGGGCUUUACACAGCGCUCACGUUAUUUUUGGGGAUACAAGCCGGGCUCAUCAUCGAUCGCUACAGCCCAAUAAUCCUUGCGCCCAUAGCUACCCUUUUGACUAUUCCAACAUUCUUCCACUUUAUUUUGUGCUUGGGCAUAUUUGACGUCAUCAGUGGUGCUCUGACUUCCACGAUUGCUCUACCCAUUGUCGAAAAACUCUUUGUUCGAUAUCGCGGUCUAGCCAUCGGACUUGCGCUCAACGGUGCCGCUCUAAGGGGCGUCAUCAUACCAUUCAUACUAAGAGAGCUGUUUCCAAGGUGUGGUUAUAAGUGGAUGAUUAGAUUUAUGGGUGCUCUCAUUGCUGGUAUCAUGGUACCAGGGUGUUUGUGCUACCUACCAUACAUGAAGAUGUACAACAUACAUGUUCGCAAUCUCGAAGAAAACACCACCGAGGAUCAAUCGGGUGAGCCUCCUGAGAAAGGCAGUGGGAGCUACGCUAUCAAUCUCGAUGCUUUC